AUGCCUCGCGCCGGACGUAAUACUGCUCCUGGAAGGACUCUGGAGACCUCAGCCCACAACAGUGGAGUACAAACCGGAGCAACGCAUGGAAGUGCUAUGGACUCUAAUCAGAACAUAAUAUCACAAGUUGAUUUUGGCAGCGGUAACUCUGGGCUUCAAGCCGGUGUCAUCAACGGUGGUCUCCAUGGCGUUACCUUCCACUACUCAGACAACCAAUCGAUAUUCGGUAGCCUUAUACAAGGAAGCCAACCUCUAGACACAUCCACCUUGGAGAUUCUCGCAAGAAGAGCUCAAGUACAAGCCGGAAGAAGUGUGCCCAGGCAGUUACGGGACAGAUGCUACGCUCCAUACAAGACCGUGAGGAAUCGAGGGAUAAAAAUGAGAUUGCUUCAGAUCGCCCAUGUCACCAAAUUUCUCGAUCGAGGCUUCGCGGAAUAUUUCCAAGUCGCCGUGCUCUCGUUUGGCAAGCAACAUGCCCAGAAGCUACUACAAGAUGCCCGCAAGACCAUAGCCAGGAUGCAGAACAAGCAAGACGACCCUGACUCUGCUGACAUUGGCGAUCUCGGCCACUUUUGCGAGCAAAGCGCAAUCACAUCGGGUGACUCUGAGCAGCGGCCUCCAAGAUUCACAGUUACCCAGCGGCGCGACGAAGAAACUUUACACUAUCUACAAGAUGCACUCGAGAUUCCUUACUGGGAAUUCAUGGUCGACAUCUUCUUAGGAUGGAAGGCAAAUUCGAGUGCUCUGAGCGGAGACGUCGUGUUGCGUGUUUUGCACAGCACAAAACUGGAACUUCUCGAUGGACGGCGGCGCCUUAUGGACGACAUGGCCGCUUUGCAGGGCGAUGAUUCAGAGGAUAUAGCGCCGAUUAUUGAUGGGAUUGACGCUAGAAUAAAAGUCUUGGAUAGCCUUUGGGAUAGUGCAUCGUCGAAUCCUCAUGGCACUCAUUAUUCAUUGGUCACCUUUUUGGAGCAGCCGCUACGCCAGCCUUUGGUUGCUGUUGAAGAAACACCGCUUUCGUCUCAGGACGAACAAAUAGGACGUCAAGUGGAAACUGCAACACUGAUCGCCUUGAUCCUACUCUUCAUCAUCGUUGCUAUAAUCCCUGGAUACAAAGCUUUCGCGCUUUCCAUGCAAGAUAGUGCGGUUGGAAGCAUCGGAGACGCGGAUUUCUGGUAUCUGAUCCAAAGUAGUAUCAUGGCAGUGAUGGGCAACGUCAUCAUGGUUGUACCCUUGCUGAAGAAGUCGUGGUUCUCGCCAGCAUAUGGUCUAAUGUGGGGAUUUUUUGCCCUUGGUCUUGCUUUUGCAAUCGUCGCUGUUAUCAUUUACCCAUUGCUCAACCCUGGCUGGAGCUACAUGGUCGCUUUCUUCGGGUCCAUUGCAUCUGUUGCAUCAGUGCUGAUAAUGACCCAGGCGACUGCGAGGGAGGAAACCAAGGCCAAAGUCAAAACGGACUGA